ACAGUGCUCUGCACCACUGACAGGCAGGAGAGAGGCAGAGAAGGAGCCAGAGACCCUCCUUCCCCAUCUCAGGAUUUAGAGGAAAGGAAACAAAGAAGGAGCUCCCUGGCCUGUGCUGACACAGAAAAUAGUCCCAGCCAAGGAAUGGACGUGGGGCUGCUGGAGAUCCCUGCAGAGCUCGCAGCCCUCCUGCACUUUGUUGAAGGCCGACACCAAGCACAGGCCAACCAGAUAACUGAGACACAGCCCCCAGAAGUCAAGGUCAAGGAUGACCUUUCCCUCCCACCCACCAUCAACAGCCAUCCCUUCUCCUCCUUCAUCAAAUCACACUUCCAGAAGCCAGAUUUCCCUGUCCCUGGUCAGCCUCUGCAGCACCCCUUAACCCACCUGGAUGCUGAACACCAGGAGAGUGCACUUGAGAUAAACAAACUGAUUUUGCGCUUCAUCGGUGACCAGAGCCUCCAUGGCUGGCAGGAGGUCCUGCUGGGCAACUUCAUUGCUGGCAGAGGUUUGAGGGACGCUGCUCUGCGUGAUGAAAUCUUCAGCCAGGUGGUUGCCCAGAGCUGGAGGAACCCGGACGCGGAGCGCAGCCGGCGGGGCUGGCUCCUGAUGGCCACUCUGCUCAGCUGCUUCGGCCCCUCACCUGCACUGCAGAAACCUCUGCUGAAGUUUGUGUCAGACUAUGGCAUGGAGGGCUACAGCGCCGUGUGCCAGCGCAAGAUGCUGAGGGCGGCCCAGUGCACAGGGACAGGGCCUGCGCCCGCCCGGGCUUACCCUCCCACCCAGCUGGAGUGGACAGCAAACCAGAGGAGAGGGAAGAUGGUGCUGGAUGUUCACACCUUUAAUGAGGAGAAGUUCUCAGCUGAGGUGGAGUCCUGGAUGACUGGGGAGCAGUAUGCAGCCUGGAUCCUGAGUGCAAGGGGCUGUGACAAGAACACUCGAGGGUGGUCUGUCUCCAUGUUCACUGGCAACACGUGGCAGGACCUGCUGGGCUGUGACUUUGUGCUGGACCUCAUUGGAGAGAUGGAGGACACCAGCAACUUCAUCAGCUCCUCCCGGGCCCCCACUGAGUACCCCAUCACCCCAGAAAGGGACAGGAGCAUCCUGCAGCCCUCUGACCUGGACAUGAUCCCUCCUGCCCCAGGUAUCCAGGCCCCUGCCUUCCCCCCACCCAGCCUCCCUCCAGAGCUUGUUGGUCUCCAUCCAGAUCCAAGGUUUAGAGAUGACCUGAGGGUCCCUGUGGGCUUGGAUCACUAUGUGGAUGAUCUCUUCAGCCCUGUGCUGCAUCAGAGCUCCAGAGCAUCUGAUAUGGAGAACAGUGAGAAUCUCACCAGACGCAUGAAAGGAGGUGGGAAGAUUGGCCCCACACAGAGAGGAAUCUUUCCUUCUACAGGCUUCUCUGGAAUGACCCAAACACCAGUUUACCAGCCCAUGCCCUCCAUGAUGGGGAUGCCAGCAGCCAUGCCCAUGAUGCCAGGGGUUGGUGGGGUUGCACCUAUGCCAGCCAUGGUGAUGCCCCAGCCCGUGGUUCCAGCUGUGGAUCCCAGCCAGCUGGCAGCACAGCAGCAAGCCUUUAUCAACCAGCAGGCCAUGCUCAUGGCCCAGCAGAUGACCCUUCAAGCCAUGACCAUUUCCCAGCAGCAGCAACAGCAGGAGCUGCAAAAGCAGGAGAAGUCCCUUGAGAACUCCAGGCCAAGAGUCUCCAGCCCAGCCCAAGCCUCAGCCCCAGCCACUCUCCCAAAACCCAAGAAGCCUCCCAGCAGCCAGGCUGCUGCAGCACCAUCAAGGUCUCCAGAGCCACCAGCUAAGGCCAAAGAGCUGGAUUAUGACUAUGUGGAAGAGGAGUUCUCCAGCAGUGAGGAUGAUGAUUGUCCUCGGGAAACCUUCCAGCAGAAGAGAGAGUACUUCCAGAAGAUGGGAGAGCAGCACAUCCGAGUGAAGAAAGUCAGACCUAGCAAAACCUGGACUCCUCCAGCAAAACCCCAGCCAACAGAGGAGGAGGAGGAGGAAAAGAGAGAGGAGAUGGAGAAGAAGAAAAGAGAGGAGAUGGAGAGGAGGAAAAAAGAGGAGCUGGAGAAGAAGAAAGAAGAGAAGCCUGUCCCUAAACCAGAGCCAGCUCCUGCUUCUCCUAUUCCACCUCCUGAGCCAAAGCCAAAAAAGGAGACACCAAAACCAAAGAAGGAGCCGCCUGUAGUGAAGCCUUCAGGCCCUGAGAAGCGUCCUGCACCCAGCCAUGAGAUCGGGAACAUCAUCAAAAUGUACCAGAGCAGACCAGCCCCUGAGCCCCAGCCCAUCCAGCCCAGCAGGAAAGUAUCCAAGCCAUUUAUAAAGAAGAACGACCCCAAAAAUGAGGCUCUGGCCAAGCUGGGAAUGAUGAACCCCUCACCUCAGCGAUCACCAUCUCCUGUGCCACAGGAGAAGAAAAUACCUCCACCUGUCAAGCCCAAGCUGGGCUCAGCUUCCAGCUCUAUCAAGGAAAAGCAGCUGCCUCUCUUAUCCAUCUUCAAACCAGAGGGUGCCCCCCCAGCUGCCCAGGCCCCUUAUGCUCCCCCUCUUCCCCCAGCAACACCUGAGGACCAAGGCAGGCAGGAACCCCCAGGGAAGGACUCUGCUGUGACAGUGGCAGGUGAUGAUGGGAUCAAGACCCAGCUGUACAAGCUCACCACCAGCGUCAGCUUCUCCUAUAUCGACCCUGCCUGGAAAAUUUUUCUGCGCAAAGAGGUGUUUUACCCCAAAGAAAAUUUCAGCCACCCUUACUGUCUGAACUUGCUGUGUGAACAGAUCAUCCGUGACACCUUCUCCGAGUCCAGCUUUCGGAUCUCCAGGGAGGAGAAGCGCAAGAUGAAAGAUCUGCUGAUGGAGUUCCGAGUUGGCAGCAAUGCCCAGUCCAUCCAGGAGGAGGGGAUAAAGAAGAGGAUUGUAGUGGCUGCUCGGGACAACUGGGCCAACUAUUUCUGCCGCCUUUUCCCAGUUCAGGGUGAGAAGGGAAGUGAUGUGCAGCUCCUGGGUGUUUCUCACCGGGGCAUGAGGCUGCUGAAGGUGGAGAAAGCAGCUGGAUACCAUCCUGAGCACCUCAAGAUCCUACGCAGCUACUGCUUUGCAGAGGUGCUGUCAGUGGAGAUGAAAGGCAGCAAUUCCCUGGAGUUCUCCCUGAAGACAGAGCAGCUCAUCCUGCACUCUCCAAAGGCUCCGUGCAUCAAGGACAUGGUGGAACUCUUCAUGCAGGAGCUGAGGCAGGACACCAACUAUGUGGUGGCUCUGCGCAGCUACAUCGUGGAUGACAAGAGCCUGCUCAGCUUCAACAAGGGCGACCUCAUCGAGCUGCUGCCCAUGCAGGGCGUGGAGCCAGGGUGGCAGUUUGGCUCCACGGGUGGCCGCUGUGGUCUCUUCCCCACCAGCCUGGUGCAGCUGGCUCCUGCCAUUGACUACCUCAGCAGCAGCAUGGACAGACGGGGGGAGCACAGGAAGGGCACCAGAGCUCCCCCAGAGAGCAGGAACACCAGCAGGGAGAGUUCUGUCCUCAGCCUGACACCAGAAGCCACCAGCACCAUGUUAGUGCCCGCUGGUGACCACUACACCAUGAUUGACUUUGCCACCGCCUACUUCCGAGAGGCUCAGUCCGUGCAGGGCCUGAAGGGGACAUCUGCUGAGAAGAAGAAUGUGGCUGAGCUGGUGAAGCACACCAAGGUCCCAAUCCAGGCGUCUCUGCUCCGCUACUCUGACAGCGAGCUGAACGAGCUGGCUACAAAGAACUUCCAGACACUGAUGAGGUUCAUGGGAGAUCAGCCAAAACACAAGCACCAGGCUGAGGUCCAGUGCAUCUAUGAAAUCCUUCAGCUGUGCAAGGAGAAGGAGAAUUUGCACGAUGAGAUCUACUGCCAGGUCAUCAAACAGGUCACCCACAACCCUCAGCAGGAGAGCGAGCUGCGGGGCUGGUUGCUCCUAAAUCUGCUCACUGGGUACUUCCUGCCUUCCAAAAUCCUGAUGCCCUAUGCCACCAAGUUCCUGCAGCUGGCCAGCAGUGAUCCAUCCAGCACCCACCAUGAUAUAGCCAAGAUCUGCCAGAGCAACCUGCGCAAAAACUUCCUGUACGGGGGCCGCCGGCACCUCCCCUUCCCUGUGGAGAUGGAGGCACUGCUGAAGGGACACGGCGCCCGCCGGCUGGUGGUGCUGAUGCCUGGAGGCCUGGAGUACCUCACCAGGAUCAGGACAUUCACUGUGGCCAAGGAGCUCUUGCAGGAGAUCUGUGAGCAGAUGGGAAUAGGUGAACAGCAAGAAACACAGGACUUUGUUCUCUUUGCUAUCAGGAGUGACGACAAAAAUCUCGGUAAAAUGGUGAGGCCAAUAAAACUGGAGGAGUAUCUUCAUGAUUACCUGCUGGAGGACAUGCUGGUCACUGUGACCUUACGCAGGCUGCUCUGGAGGACACCUCUGCACUUUGACAACCAAGUUUACACAGAUGUCCAUUAUGGACAGGUGCUGUGGGAUUACCUGAAUGGGAGGAUCCUGCUGAACCAGAAUAAAGAAAUGGAGAUGCAGGUGGGCCUUUUGGCAAUGCUCCAGCACUGGGCCAAAGUGGAGCAGCAGAACUCUGCUCCCUCCAGGGAAGAGCUGAAGGAAUACACUCCCAAGAGCCUGCAGGCCUCCAUCAGCCCCAAGGCUCUGCACAGCCACGUGGCCACACUGCUGAGAACCAGGCAGCCCCUGCAGCCACAGGAGGCAAAAAUCCAGUUCAUAGAGCACGUGAUGAGAUUGCCUUUCUUUGGCUACUCCAUCUUCACCGUGGAGAGAAUCAGUGAUAACACUAUCCCUGUGCCCUGUUUCUUUGGUGUGAACAAGGAGGAGAUCAUUGUGGUGGAUGGCACCACCCAGGCCGUGUCCCGCGUGGUUGCCCUGAAGGAGCUGCAGAGGAUGCGCACGCUGAGGCCCCUCUCCGACGGGGGCCCUCCCGGCCUGGAGCUCCACUACGGCUCCCCCGACAGCCCCAGGGCCCUGUGGCUGGAACUGGCUCAGGCCAAAGAACUGUACCACACGAUUGUUGUCAUCCUGGAUAAAACAGAGCUGCACUCCUAGAGCCUCAAAGGAGGAAAAUGGCCAAGGAAAACAGCACUGUUUCCCUUUCUCUGAACUUGGUCAGUGCUCCCUGACCUGUUUUUGGGAGAGAACUCUUCCAGGAGACACCCAUGACCUCAGCCAGCUGCUUUCUAAGGAUGCCACCACAGCGUUGUCGAUGGAGUGACCGUAACCCUCGUGACCCGCCACUCAGCCCUCAAGCACUUCCUUGGAACAAUCCAAGCUGUGGCUAAACAAACCCCAAGGGCCUCUCCACGCCACAGCCCCUUCCAGCAAAGAGCAGCUGACCCAAAGCAAGCACUUGCCUUCAAGCUUUGCACUGUGCAACUCCUCCUUUCUGUUUUGAAUUAAUUAUCAUGAGCAAAGCCUGGUGCUUGCCAGAGAUUUGUGUAUCCCACUGCCCAGCUGAGCUGUGCAAUGCCUGCAGGGGCUGCUGGUGCUUUCCAGGAGCCAGAUUUGUCUCUGAAUUGAUAUGCAGAGAUCCUCUAGCAGGAUUUGUGAAGCAAUUUGUACAAAGCAUCCUAAUUGAAAAGCAGAUCAGUGUUAAUCAUACAAUUAUCACAUAUGCUAGGGUACAGAUUGAGCUGCAAUGGUAAGGAAGUUUAUUGUUAAUUAAUUUCUCACUGACAUAAUUAUAUGCAUAUGCUUCCCUCUACUAUAAAGAAGUCAGUCAUGGCCAUGCAGCUGUCAGACUUCAAUGAUGGCUCUGUGCCCAUGGGAGAAGCAUCUUCAAACAGAACUUGUAUUAUACUGAAGUGUUUUGGGUUGUACAAAAAUAUUUAAUUUAUUUUUAUUGCCACAGCUCUCCUAAUGACCUGAGGAGUAACUGCCCUUUAGAAAAUUGCAAUAAAAUAACCACAGAGAUGUUCUGAA